CAGUAUGUAUUUGGUAUAUAAUACAAUACCAUUUAUCCUCUCCAACAGUCUAAAAUUUCGGAUUUUCAGAGGUAAAUAAAUCACGCGCGAAUGACGAUUUUACAAUGUUGUUGUUUUGAUAUGCAGCGCACCACCAAGUGUCCUUUAAUUUAACAAGUCUGACGUCACUUGACCUCUCGCUUUUACCCAAAUGUCACAUAAUAUCCUAUGUUGAAAUUGCAACCUUAUUCAUUGACUUAAAUUCAAAUAAAGAUAUGUAUACUUUAAUUAUAUAAUAAUUAAGUUAUGGUGGAUAGCUAAAUACAACGAUUUUAUGUUACUUUUGUAGUAAGUAGAGCCUGGACCCCUGUGUGUUGGCUGAAUUUAUGUGAACAGCCUGGCAAGGAUUUCGCGGGACCAUUCAAUGUUACAAAAUUGCUUGCUCGUAUUUGCUAAGAUUGUUUUUCACGCCAGUAAAUCAAGGCCAGUGUAUUUAUUUAUGUUAGAAAACGAUAUCAGGAUCAGCAAAAUUGGCGGGAGCUAGAGAAGAAGCAAUGAUUGCCGCCAGUGAUCCGCAUGACUUUGUCCCGUUCGGCCGAGGGUUCUGUGGACGCCAUCCUGGCGGCUUAAGUGACAGUCGUCCACCAAGCCCAGUGCAAGAUGUAGACAUACCAAUUGCUGCAUUCCGAGAUGUCCAGAUACAUGAUAAACCAAAGGAAUCAUGGUACAUGAGGAACCGACAGACAGGUAGUCAAAUGGUGAGUGACGAAGAGCUCUACAUCCACGGAUCAACUGUCGUUUGGAGUAAAGGAAGUCCAGGGCACAGGGUCGUCCACAAGACUUUUACUAUAAAUUCUCCUAUUAUACAUGCCCAUUGGUGUGACUUCAAUUCAAAACGUAACUCGGACUCUGUAGAAGAGGUUCUCAACACAAUUGCUAUUACUCAUAAGGGUGCUGUUAAUGUGUACACUGACAGAGGAGAAGAUUUCUGCGCUGCUCUUCCAUUUCAAGUGUCACAAGCCUGGAAGAUCAAGAAUGGUUUACUUUUUGAAAGAUCUAUUACUUCUGGAGAAGUUUUUAGUCCAAAGAGUGGCUCUGGUAAUCUUCCAACGAUGUUCAGUCUCAGACAUCCUUUAGAUGAGCCAGCCCCAGUUGCUAGUCGAUAUGGAGUUGGGUUAACGAGUAAGGUUUGUUUGAUGAGAGACCACACACAGUGCAUCGUUUUUACAAGUGACGAGCCUUCUUUGGUGAUGACCUUUGACACAGCUCUUGGUGUCCACUCUGUUUGGAUGUUACGUGAAGCCAAACCUGAGGAAGGGCGUACAGCGACUGGCUUGAUUGACAUGUCAAAUCCAAUGUACCUUCACAGGAACCAGUCGGCAACACCACAUGCUAGCUACGGCUCCAGCGCUUUGGGCUUUCUAAGCUCAGGUGGUCAGUCUUUUUUGAGCAUGCUCAGUUACUCCCCAGGUGUGUCACCUUAUAGGAAUAUUGCUAGUAGAGGUGCUUCACCUAUGGUAUCGUCCCGGCAACAGAGCCCUGCUUUAUCACAUAUGGCUGCUAUGAGUCGUUCUCAGUCACCAGCUGGUAGUGGCCUCACCACGCCUUCUCCUGGACCGCAUUCACUUGCACGUUAUGGCCUGUCGCCCCACAACUCUACAUCGGUGUUUAAUGAGAGUUCAGCAGUGGUAUCAGAACCUCUAGCACCUGCGCUGUGUCUGGAUCAUUGCUGGACAGAGCAGUCACAAAAUGUCAGAGAUGGAGUUCUUGGGAAAACGAAAAAAGUAUUUUUGACAGCUGAUCUUUGUGGACAAAACUACCUGUGUUACCUCAUCGAGAUGAGAAAUCAACUGAAGUGUGUCAAAUACGGCCCCAGCAACGACAGAACCAGUUACAUUUUUGGCACUGUGACAGCGUUGACAGCCAGAGAUGCUGUAUCAAUUGAGAGUAUGAAUAUGAUGGUGCUUCUGGACACCAACAACAGCCUGAUACUUUACACUGGCUUAGUGAAGAUUGGGAAGGUGCAUAUAUCUGGGAUUCCUCCUAUGAUUGCUUCACAAUCCAGCAGCCUUCCUAGGCCGAGUACUCCACUGGAAAGCUCAGGGUCAGCCGAACCGCAACAUGCAAGUGAAGCCCGAGGACUUGCUGAUGAGAUGGUGUUAUUGUCUCCUGUGCCAUGCGGAUUAGAAGACUCCAGUAAGUUACAAGACUCAGUAAGCAGCAUGGAUUUUAUGUUUGCUGUGAAUCGGAGUAUCAUUGGCCUACGGGAUGCGAACGACAAUAGGUUUUCAUUGGAAAUGGCUGGUGGAGGUCUAAAGAGGACAUCACUUCCAUUGAUGUAUUCAUCCCCUCUAGUUAUGAGUUGCUUGGAGGCUCUGAAACAGAUAUUGCCAAAAGAUGUAUCACUUCAAGCCCUAGUCAACUGGUACUCUACGAAUAACGCUCCAAGCAGCGCUCUCAAAGCCUCUGAAUGGAAACUCUUCAUGCGCUGUUUGUUGAGCAUGAUGGGAUACAAUAUUACCCAGUUGACUAUUUCACAGCAGUCGGAUUUAGAUGGGACUUUGUCACCAGUUAUGACAACUAAGAAGCAUAAGGUUUCUACAGAAAAUGAUGAUUGGGAGUACUUAAUCAAUUCAGACUACCAUAAGCUGAUGAUUUCCCAGAAUUCCUGCUUCUGCGGUGUGACAACGGUAGAAGGAAGCACACCCUCAAACAUCACUGGUGACCAGCCAAGCAUAGAUACGUCUGCACCACUCUUUAUGUAUAUCCCAGCCAUAGCUUUUGCUUUCCAUUCUGUUUAUGAGGAGUUGAAGUUGGAGCGACUUCAAUCUGAAAAGCUGAGUUGCUUAGCAACCUUACUUUUCCACCUAGCAUCUGAUUUGCAGUGGGAUGAUUACAUAGACUACUACAAGAGAGAUUGUCCAAAUUUAUUACACCUGGAAAAGGACAAGAGACAGGUGCAUCCAGAUCAUCUGAAGCUGAUGCAGUGGCCUAGCUACAUCACAACGGAACCGCCAAGCCUGGUGGAAUGGCUUGUGGAAUGCUUCCAUGGUAAUCCAGUGGAUCCCUAUGCACUCAUCAAUGGCAUUGGAAAAAAGCUUCAAAAAAUUAUAUCAGUCUAUCUGGUGUUUAUGUAUGAGCAUGGUAGACAGGGAAACACAAGAGCAAACCUGGUUCGAAGGUUAUCAGCCACUGGGCAUCAGUUACGUUCAAUCACUCUUGAUUACGAGAAGUUCUGUGAAAGUCAUGCCAGCCUUUCGCCAUCAGAACGGGUUAUCGUUUACAUGAGCCAGAUGAAUUUCACUCUACAGGAUCUUCAGAGCUUGCCAUUUGGUGUAGCCUUGCCACUCCAGGAGGCAAUUAGUGAGUGUAAGAAGAGUCCACCGAGUGAUUGGUCAGAGGCGGCCUACGUGCUGAUUGGUAGGCAGGACCUCUCAAAGCAGGCUAAGAUGGAAAAAGAAAUUGAUUAUAGAAAGAAGGGGAGAAAACCACAAGGUGGGACAGCCUCAAGCAAAGACGAUUUUGAUGGAAUGGAGCAAUUGGAUGAGGAAAUGCUGCGGUUACGAUUCCCUGAUGAUUUGCGUGUGUAUGAAGUCCGUCGUCUUCUGCAGAGUACUAAACCUGUACACAUUGUAUUAACUCAGAAACCAGAGGUCACUGACCAUGAAUUUCAAGAAGAACAAGAGUUUAAACUACUAAGUAUUAGUCAGCGAACCAUGGCACUACCUGUUGGAAGAGGAAUGUUUUCUUUGCAUCUUGCGAGACCAGUCGUCACUGAAACAUUACCAAUUCCAAAGCUCAACUUGACUGGGAAGGCGCCACCUAGGAAUAAUACGAUAAACUUCUCGCAUAUUGAUGUACCAACCAACAUGGAGGCGUGGCCAAGUUUUCACAAUGGAGUGGCAGCAGGACUGAAGAUAGCCCCUGGGGCUUCACAGGUUGAUUCUACUUGGAUAGCUUAUAAUAAACCAUCUGAGAAUGGCAGAAGUAAUGAACAUGCUGGUUUCCUGAUGGGGCUUGGUCUAAAUGGACACCUACCGAACCUGGCGACGCUCAAGGUCCAUGACUAUCUAAUCAAGGGACAUGAGAUGACGAGCGUGGGUAUUCUUCUAGGAUUGGCAGCGGCACGGGCUGGAACAAUGGAUGUUAGCGUGACGAAGAUGUUGAGUAUUCAUAUUCCCGCAUUGCUUCCACCAACGUCAACUGAAUUAGAUGUGCCGCAUGUCGUUCAAGUUAGCGCUGUUGUCGGUAUUGGCUUGGUUUAUCAAGGAACUGCUCAUAGACGGUUUGCUGAAGUUCUGCUUGAUGAAAUUGGCCGACCACCAGGCCCGGAAAUGGAGAAUAGUACUGACCGUGAAUCCUACUCAUUAGCAGCUGGACUUGCUUUAGGCCUCAUCAUGCUGGGGCAUGGGAGUGAUGAUGUAUCAUUAUUGGACCUCAACAUGACUGAUCAACUCUACCACUACAUGGUCGGUGGAUUCAAGAGACCUCUAACGGGUCUGAAUAAGGAGAAGUACAAGUCACCCAGCUAUCAAAUAAAAGAAGGGGACCAGGUGAACGUCAGUGUUACCUCACCUGGUGCUACGCUAGCUCUGGGUAUGAUGUUCUUCAAUACAAACAAAAGUGCUGUAGCCCAGUGGUUAGCUGCUCCCGAAACACAGUUUCUUCUAGAUUUUGUUCGUCCAGAUUUUCUACUAAUCAGAAUUGUUAGUCAUGGCCUUGUGAUGUGGAGUAACAUUCAUCCAUCCAUUGAAUGGGUGGAAAGCAACUUACCAAAGAUUGUAAAAAAGUAUGCUUUUAACAGAAGCAUCCUGAAUUGUCUGGAUGAAGAUGUUGACAUACAAACCAUGAGCCAAGCAGAGUGCAAUAUUCUAGCUGGGGCAUGUCUUGUUCUCGGCCUUCGCUUUGCUGGGUCAGCUAAUCAGGAAGCAUUUAAUACACUGCAACAUUUUGUCAAAGUGUUUCAUUCAAAAACAAGUGCAGAUGAAAUUGAGAUGGCUGGAAAAUCGACUAUUGAAAAUUGUUUGAAUGUUGUGCUAUUAGCAUGGUCUAUGGUGAUGGCUGGUACGGGCGAUUUAAACGUCCUUCGGUUUGCCCGCCAACUACAUGGUCGCUUCCUGGACAUCACCUACGGGAACCACAUGGCCACACACAUGGCAAUUGGAUUCCUGUUUUUAGGAGGAGGGCGGUAUACACUUCAGUCUUCGGGACCAGCAAUUGGUGCCCUUUUAUGCAGUAUUUUUCCAAGAUUUCCAGUUCACAGUAAUGAUAAUCGAUACCAUUUACAAGCAUUACGUCACCUGUAUGUGCUGGCAGCAGAACCAAGGCUCAUUCUUCCUAGAGAUGUUGACAGCAAUAAGGUCGCAUAUGUACCCCUAGAGCUAGUUUACAAGGAUACUGAUUGGUAUAAAGGUAAAUCAUUGAAGAUGAUGGCACCAUGCCUGAUACCAGAACUAAAGUACCUAGAGCAGAUCAAUGUCCUCGGACCCCGCUAUUGGCCAGUCACUUUACACGUUGAGAAGAAUAAGAUGAUUUUGAAAUCAAUGUUGUCGUGCAACGGCUGUUUGUAUGUAAAGCAGCGAGCAGGGCAUCUGUCCUAUGAGCAAGAUCCAAAGGGUUACUUGAGCUUAUUAGCAAGGACAAUGACAGAAGACUGCAGCAGUUACCAUAGCAUUGAUGUGGAGGUCAUUAAAUCUUUCACCUCUGACCCCAGAGUGUUGGAAUUUGUUUCUCAAUUUUGCAAGCAUACUGGAAAGAAUGAGGAGGAUUCAGAAGUAGUAGCCGUGUUUUCAACACUUCUCUAUGAUUGUGUAACAAGGGAAAAACCAGAUAUUCUUCAUUCUUUUCUUGACAUAUUUGAGGUAGUGAACCAGCCGUUGUCCCUUGCGAAUGGGACCUACGCCCUCUCGCAACUACGCUUAGUGUUGGCAUUCUACCAGCAUGCCUACACCUGCUUACUGUCAGGCCAUUCUAAGGAGAAGCCUACUCCGCUCCUAGAUCCACAGUUCUGCAACAUGGUGGAGAAUAAAGUGAACUUAGUGCUCAAUACUUGGCUUAAAGAUAAUCCUGGAGUUUUAGUGCAAUACCUGUUGCAAGGACUGUGGCCCUCUACUCCUCUUUACUUAUCACAUUUCUUAGUGUAUCAUGGACUACCACAAAACAAGAACUUUCCAAAAGAAGUUUUAGAAGGAACCAACUUCAUGUUGCCCAAGAUGUAUAUGGCUUUAAAGGAUCUCAAGUUGUCCAUUUCCACAAUCAUGUUAAUUAUGCAGAUUCUCCAACCAGGUGCACGGUGACCAGAUGUUCAU